GGGGGUUAUAGAUGAUUUUUUUUUUUUUCUUUCUUCCUUCCUUGCUUUCUGUUGAUGCUGAUAUUAUGAAUUGUUUUAUGACUUUGAUGUUUGUUGAGUGUUGAUGUGCGAUGUGGUGAUAUGAUUGUUGUUGAUGAUCGUCGGUCGUUUCCGAUCUGUGUCGAUCUCCGCUGAUCAUCUUUGAUGAUUUCGAUUUCCCACGGCGAACUUGCCGCCUUCUUUGUCUAUACCGUUGCUUUCUGGGGACUUCUAUGGUUUUUUGAGUCACUUCACUUUCACAUUCUUGAACAGCAUGGCUCUGUCCCCUUAUAUCUUUCUUUCUUUUGGUCAUCUUCUUUUCCGCUUGUUUUCUUCUGGGGGUUUUCUUUUCUUUCUCUGACAAUCGUCGCGAACCAAAGCUGGCGAGGUUCAGACGCAGGAACCCGGCGUUCCAGAUUGUCUUUUUGUGUUGAGGGUUGAUAUUGGUACUUUGAUAUCCAGAUUCAAAUUGAGGUGAUUGAUC